GCAUUUCCCAGCAUUCUUCGUGGCGGCGGCCGUAAAGCGCGGCGGUAGAACGGCCGGUUCCGGCUGAAUGUCAGUGCUGGGCUGUGGGCCGGGGAGGAAGGUGGCUGGCGGUCCCUCCGCCUCCCCCGCUUUUGCCUCCUUCGCUUGUGCUGCCCGCCGCGGGCGCUGGGCCGCUCGGCCGAGCGGGCAUGAGACCGUGAGGCGAGCGACAGGUCGGGGCCGCCGACAUGUUUGGCCGCUCGCGGAGCUGGGUGGGCGGGGGCCACGGCAAGUCCUCCCGCAAUAUCCACUCCCUGGACCAUCUCAAGUAUCUGUAUCAUGUUUUGACCAAAAACACCACAGUCACAGAACAGAACCGGAACCUGCUGGUAGAGACCAUCCGCUCCAUCACUGAGAUCCUGAUCUGGGGUGAUCAGAAUGAUAGCUCCGUAUUUGACUUCUUCCUGGAGAAGAACAUGUUUGUUUUCUUCUUGAACAUCUUGCGUCAGAAAUCAGGCCGCUAUGUGUGCGUUCAGCUUCUGCAGACCUUGAACAUCCUCUUUGAGAAUAUCAGUCACGAGACCUCACUUUAUUAUUUGUUAUCUAAUAACUACGUUAAUUCUAUCAUUGUUCAUAAGUUUGACUUUUCCGACGAGGAGAUUAUGGCAUAUUAUAUAUCGUUCCUGAAGACACUUUCGUUAAAGCUCAACAACCACACUGUCCACUUCUUCUACAAUGAGCACACCAAUGACUUUGCCCUGUACACAGAAGCCAUCAAAUUUUUUAAUCACCCUGAAAGCAUGGUUAGAAUUGCUGUAAGAACCAUAACUUUGAACGUCUAUAAAGUGUCAUUGGAUAACCAGGCCAUGCUGCACUAUAUCAGAGACAAAACUGCUGUCCCUUACUUCUCCAACCUGGUCUGGUUCAUUGGGAGCCACGUGAUCGAGCUUGAUAACUGUGUGCAGACUGACGAGGAGCACCGGAAUCGGGGGAAGCUGAGUGACCUGGUGGCAGAGCACCUUGACCACCUGCACUAUCUCAAUGACAUCCUGAUCAUCAACUGUGAGUUCCUCAACGAUGUGCUCACAGACCACCUGCUCAACAGGCUCUUCCUGCCCCUCUACGUGUACUCACUGGAGAACCAGAACAAGGGAGAGCGACCGAAAAUCAGCUUGCCGGUGUCACUUUACCUUCUGUCGCAGGUCUUCUUAAUUAUACAUCAUGCACCACUGGUGAACUCGCUAGCUGAAGUCAUUCUGAAUGGUGAUCUGUCUGAGAUGUAUGCUAAGACUGAACAGGAUGUUCAGCGGAGUUCUGCCAAGCCCAGCAUUCGGUGCUUCAUUAAACCCACCGAGACGCUUGAGCGCUCCCUGGAAAUGAACAAGCACAAGGGCAAGAGGCGGGUGCAAAAGAGACCCAACUACAAAAACGUUGGGGAAGAAGAAGAUGAGGAGAAAGGGCCCACUGAGGAUGCCCAAGAAGACGCCGAGAAGGCUAAAGGUACAGAGGGUAGUUCAAAAGGCAUCAAGACGAGUGGGGAGAGUGAAGAGAUCGAGAUGGUGAUCAUGGAGCGUAGCAAGCUCUCGGAGCUGGCCGCCAGCAGCUCCGUGCAGGAGCAGAACACCACGGAUGAAGAGAAGAGCGCCGCCGCCACGUGCCUCGAGGGUGCACAGUGGAACAGACCCUUCCUGGAUAUGGUGUACCAUGCCCUGGACAGCCCAGACGACGACUACCACGCCCUGUUCGUGCUCUGCCUCCUCUACGCCAUGUCCCACAAUAAAGGCAUGGAUCCAGAAAAAUUAGAGCGAAUCCAACUCCCAGUGCCCAGUGUGGCCGAGAAGACCACCUACAACCAUCUGCUGGCCGAGAGACUCAUCCGGAUCAUGAACAACGCUGCCCAGCCAGACGGGAAGAUCCGGCUGGCGACCCUGGAGCUUAGCUGCCUGCUCCUGAAGCAGCAAGUCCUGACCAGCCCCGGCUGCAUUGUGAAGGAUGUGCACCUGGCCUGCCUGGAGGGCGCAAGAGAAGAAAGCGUUCACCUUGUACGACAUUUUUAUAAGGGAGAAGAGAUUUUUUUGGACAUGUUUGAAGAUGAAUACAGGAGCAUGACAAUGAAGCCCAUGAACGUGGAGUAUCUUAUGAUGGAUGCCUCCAUCCUGCUGCCCCCGACAGGCACACCGCUAACAGGCAUCGACUUUGUGAAACGACUGCCAUGUGGUGACGUGGAGAAGACUCGGCGGGCCAUCCGGGUGUUCUUCAUGCUGCGUUCCCUGUCACUGCAGCUGCGAGGGGAGCCCGAGACCCAGCUGCCGCUGACUCGGGAGGAAGACCUGAUCAAAACCGAUGACGUCCUGGAUCUGAAUAACAGCGACUUGAUUGCCUGCACAGUGAUCACCAAGGAUGGUGGCAUGGUGCAGCGGUUUCUGGCUGUGGAUAUUUACCAGAUGAGCUUGGUGGAACCCGACGUGUCCAGGCUUGGCUGGGGAGUGGUUAAAUUCGCAGGCCUUCUGCAGGACAUGCAGGUGACUGGCGUGGAGGAUGACAGCCGCGCCCUGAACAUCACCAUCCACAAGCCUGCAUCCAGCCCCCAUUCCAAGCCAUUCCCCAUCCUCCAGGCCACCUUCAUGUUCUCAGACCACAUCCGCUGCAUCAUCGCCAAGCAGCGCCUAGCCAAGGGCCGCAUCCAGGCAAGGCGCAUGAAGAUGCAGAGGAUAGCAGCCCUUCUGGACCUCCCAAUCCAACCAGCAACUGAAGUCCUGGGGUUUGGACUUGGUUCUUCCACUUCCACUCAGCACCUGCCCUUCCGCUUCUAUGACCAGGGCCGCCGGGGCAGCAGUGACCCCACGGUGCAGCGUUCCGUGUUUGCAUCGGUGGACAAAGUGCCAGGCUUCGCCGUGGCCCAGUGCAUCAACCAGCACAGCUCCCCGUCCCUGUCCUCGCAGUCACCACCGUCCGCCAGCGGGAGCCCCAGCGGCAGCGGGAGCCCCAGCCACUGCGACUCGGGGGGUGCCAGCUCGGCCUCCACCCCCUCCACAUCGCAGAGCCCAGCAGAUGCCCCCAUGACUCCGGAGCAACCUCAGCCUCGCCUUCCUGACCAGCUGGCGAUGGUCCAUGACACAGACACGGAUGCCAAGCCCAGCAGGAGCACGACCAGGAGCGCAGCCACAGAGACGGCCAGCCUGUCCCCCAGCCUGGUCCCUGCCCAGCAGCCCACCCUCUCGCUGCUCUGUGAGGACACGGCUGACACGCUGAGCGUCGAGUCGCUGACCCUCGUCCCCCCCGUCGACCCCCACAGCCUCCGCAGCCUCACCGGCAUCCCCACGCCAGCCGCCACGUGCACGGAGCCCCUAGGCGAAGAAGCCUGGUGUGCGGAGGCUAAAGAGACCACGCGUCUGGGUCCAUCUUCCUUGCGCCUUCCCGGGAGCAGGCUGGACCGGUGGGGCCCCCCGGACGGAUAUGCCUGUCAGCCCCAAGACAUGACUCCUGACCUGGCCUGUUUGGCAGCUGGACAGUCCAGCAGCUCCUCACCUCUGCUCGGUGGUGAGACCUUCAGCAGCCCUCCCUCAGACCUGCCUCAGAAACGAGAGAAGAUGAGUGACUGCCCUUCCCGUGGCAUGACCCAGAGGAACAGCCAGCAGCUCCGUCAACGCCCGGCGGGAGGGCCGGAGGAGAGGGGCCAUUCCCGGGCACCUUCUGCAGCUGGGGCCAGCAGCUUGCCUCGGGACGCCUCAGGGAGCACCACUGCGUCUGCAGGAGCAUCCCACAAGCCUGGCAUUGGGCAGCAAGAGCUAGACCGGGGCCAUGGCCUGAUCUCCUCUGCAGACCCAUCGAGCCGCCCCUGCAAGUCCCUGCAGGUUUUUCUCGGCCUGUUCCUGGGAAGUCUGACCAUGAGCCCAGGCCUGCAGAGGCUCUGGGGUCCCGUGGGCAGGCUCGGACCCCACUCUGCACUGCGGCGGUCAUGGAAGGUCGUGUCCACUGGUCGGAAGCUGGACCAGGUCCCCGCCUGUGCCCCCUCACCUGCACAGCAGCCUGGCUCAUGGGCCUGUGGCAACCACGCAUCUCAGCAACCUCAGUACAAAAAGGAACCUGCUGCAAGGAUGCCCCGGAGAAGUGGGGCUUCCCGGGAACUCACACAAGGGUGCCCCGGCAGCCAGUGCGAGCACGUCUGCCCCUGCAGCAGCCGCCCCCCUCAAGACCGAAGCCCAGUCCGCCCUGGCCGUCCCCCGCCACAACCCCGACGCCACCCGUGCCUGGCGCAGCCUGACUUCUUCCGAGAACAGCACGUGCCUGCUCAAACCCACACGCUCGACUCCUCCACAUUCGCGCCCUGGACUCCACCUGCCCUUUAA